AUGGCGGCGCCGGGCCGGGCAGCGCUGAGGGCUCCGCUCCGCGCUCUGCUGUGCCUGGCGCUGGCGGCCGCCGCCCAGGGCAGGCCGAGCCCCGUGAAGGUGCUGUCGGAUGGGAUGUGGAGAGAACUGCUGCAGGACGAGUGGAUGGUGGAGUUCUACGCGCCCUGGUGUCCCGCCUGCGAGAACCUGCAGCCCGAGUGGGAGAAGUUCGCCGAGUGGGGAGAGGACCUGGGGGUGAACGUGGCCAAAGUGGAUGUCACGGAGCAGCCGGGGUUAAGUGGACGGUUUAUCAUCACAGCCCUCCCUACCAUCUAUCACUGCAAAGAUGGAGAAUUCAGGAGAUACCAGGGAGCAAGGACUAAAGCUGCCUUCAUUAAUUUCAUCAGUGAUGAGGAAUGGAAAUCCAUUGAACCAGUGUCCUCUUGGUUUGGUCCUUCUUCUUUCCUGAUGAGCAGCAUGUCAGCCUUGUUCAAGUUGUCCAUGUGGAUCAGGCAUGGCCAUGGCUAUUUAACAGAAAACCUUGGAAUACCAGUCUGGGGCUCCUAUGCUGUUUUUGGAUUGGCAACUCUGUUCUUGGGAAUGGUCCUGGGACUUAUGAUGGUGUUCCUGGCAGACUGCAUCUGUCCCUCCAAAAGGCACAGACCACCACAGCUCCAGCCUCAGCCAAGGAAACAAGGUCCAGAGUCAGCUCAUCUGAAAAAUAGGUAUGAAGAGCAAGAAGGAGAUGAGGGGGAUAUCUCAGAUGAUGAAACAGAGAGGAAGGAGGGGAGCAAGAGAGACUCAUCCCCGAGUGGUGUCCGGCAGCGCCCGGUGCCCAGUGCUGCUCCCCUGGAGAAAUCUUAGCUGCAUUUGCAUCAGGAUUAGUGUUUGAGUCAGCCACUCAAAGGGAGAUCAGUGGCAAAUCCUUCAGCUUGAAGAGAAGAAUGACUCCUGGCUUGGUAAUGUUGCUGCAUUUUAUGAAUUUGGAGGAAAUAAUAAUUGAAAAAAAAAAAAAAAGUCAUCCAAAGGAUCCAAGGUAUUCCAAAGGACAACUUGCUGUUGCAAAUGGCUGGAACUUCUCCUGUCUGUGUGCAGAGAAGUGCCAAGGGAUGAUUGCUGUGGCUUCUGGAAUGAUUUGUUCCCUAGGGAUUAUUUGGAAGAGAAUGUAAACAAGAGUCAUUCUUGAAUUAGGGAGCAUUAGCAAGGAAAAUGCACUCACCUGCUUGUUGGUGAAACCUCCCAGGAGGGUUCCCUGUUCCUGUACUGUUUUUCAGUAUCAAUCUCUCCAGCUGUGCCCUGAAGAAAUGCUGAGGGAAUAAGGUCCUUUAGUUAGGGAACUAAAAUUCCUUUAGUUUAGGUUUUUACAUGACAAAACCUGCUUUUUGCUAUGACAAUGAGUGCUACAACCCCCCCCCCCCCACACACACACUUUUUUUUUUUUUUCUUUAUGAAGAGCUGAUGGAAUUUAGCACAAGCACUCUGCAGUAGGAUCCUCUCUCUGGCUGACCAGAAACCUGCUGCUUGCAUCGAUUUCUUCCAGAAAAGGCUGUAGAAAACUCUGUGAGCUUCUUGGCAGAGUAGUUUUUUUCUCUAGGAUCAAGUGACAAGCAGCACCUUGAAGUCUUGUCUGUCUCUGUGACUCCAUGUGGGAGUAGUUUACACACAGGGUUCUCUGUGCAGAUCCUCUCCAUUCCUCCUCCUGGGUGCCAGCAGGACUCUGCUUGUUUUUAAUCCAUCAUUUCUUAAGUCAAAUCUUGCUGCAAAUCCAUGCAGGCUGUACCUGGCCUGAAGUUAAAAUAACUCCUUUCUAUUUCUUUAUUUCUUUUACAGAACUUUUUUUUUUUUUUUCCCUGAUUUCACAAAACUGUUUUGGAACAUUAAACAUGAUUUUUUUUUCUUUCCUUUUUUUUAAACUACUAGCAGCAGUUUACUAUUGUCUGUAUGGUGUUUGUUUUCACUCUGUAUAGAAAUAAAAAGAAUGCACAUGCCCAUUGGACCAGUGUUGUGAAGAGUUUUCCAUAUUCUUGUAAUUAAAUUCCAAAGUUUUUGUAAGGGAAGGAUGGGCCUAAUACUGAGCACAUUUAGAUUUUUUUUAACAAGCCUGUUUCUGAUAUUUUUUGUUUGUUUAGCUUUAUGGGUUUUUAGCUUUUAUUUGUAGUUAUUUAGGUUUUUUUAGUGUUUAGUUUUUAUUUGUAGCAAUUUAAUGUUUUUUUUAAUUGUUCAUCUGACUUCCUCUUUGUUUUUUGUUUCCUUUACAUUGGUGCUCUGGAAUGACUUGACUUCAUUCAGUGCUUUGUGUUAGAAAGAUAAAGUGAUUUUGAAAAAAGAUAAACUUUUGGAAAAGAUCUUUUUGGCUAAAAUCUGAGUGUCCCUGUCCUUUUUUAAAGAUAAAACCUCUCCUGGUAUUGGAAUGAAGACCACUGUGUGCCAGAAUUACCCCUAAGGUGUUGAUGUUGUGGAAUUGCCUUAAAUCCUCUGAAAGUUUCCAUCUCUUAGCCUUUGUGACUCAUAAAUAAAGCAA